AUGCCAAUGCCAUCCAUUUCUAUAACCAACAAACCUUCUUCAGGGACAUCUUUAUACCACACAUGUCGCUCAGUACUCGAUAAAUUAGCUCUUGUAGAAGGCAUGUCAUACUAUUUAGAAUUCGAGAACCUCAAUUUAGUCCAAUCAUCUUCUGGUUCAUCUGUUAUCUCUUCUGAAUCAGGUUCUACCUCAAGUAGCACAUCCAACGAUCCUCUCAGUAAAUUAUGGGAUUUAUGCCGAAGAGGUGCUCCUCUUGCCACUCUUUUCAAUGCUCUCAACCCUGAUGAACCAUUAAAAAUUGAUUUUACUCAAAACCAACAAGUAAACGAAUGCAAAAAAACUGUCUAUCAUUUUAUUGUCGCCUGUCGAAACCAACUCAAAUUCAACGAAGAAGAUUUAUUCACUCUUUCUGACCUUUAUAAAGACAAUACAAAUGGUUUUGUCAAAGUUGUGAAUACAAUUGACUUGAUUUUACAAUUAUUAGAAGAGAAGGGCAUCAUCAGUUCCCUUUCAGAUAAUAGAAAUUCAAUGAAUGCGCCAAAAGAUACUAGAGAUAAAGUAGUUCAUGAACUACUUGAAACUGAACGCAAGUAUGUUCAAGAUUUAGAAGUGCUGCAGAACUACAUGCGUGAAUUACAAAUCCAAGAGAUUCUAAGUCCAGACACGGUUCAUUACCUGUUUGGUAACCUGAAUACGCUAGUUGAUUUCCAACGUCGUUUCUUGAUUUAUUUAGAGGAAAUUGGCGAAAAAUCUCCUGAAGAACAAAAUUUUGGCUUGUUAUUCAGCCAAAUGGAAGAACAAUUCACCGUUUAUGAACCUUAUUGUUCAAAUUAUUUUUCUGCUCAAGAUUUGGUUGUUCAAGAAGCACCCAAAUUACAAAAACUGGCAAACAUUUUGAAUCCUCAGUAUGAACUGCCUUCAAUGCUAAUCAAACCUGUCCAGCGUAUCUGUAAAUACCCUCUAUUGUUGCAACAACUGAUCAAAGCAACCCCAUCUGAUUGGCCUCACUUUGAUGACAUGGAAAUCGGUUUAGAUUCUGUAAAACGUGUGACAGAGCGAGUCAAUGAGACUCAACGAAAACACGAAAACAUUCAAGUAGUGGAUGACUUGAAGAAACGAGUAGAUGAAGUUCGUAUUGGUCAAAUUGACAAUUAUGGCAGUCUUUUGCUACACGAUAAGCUCAUCUUGCAGCAAACAGAUGGGUCUGAGAAAGAAAUGUAUAUCUUCUUUUUUGAGAAAACCAUGUUGAUUUGCAAAGAAACAAAAGAUGCCACGAAGAACAAAGUUCCAAAAGCAAAUACAAUUUCAAUCAAGAAGAAGAGAAGAGGUAGUCUACAACCUAGAGGUCUGAUUGUUAUUAGCCGUGUUCUCUCUGUUCGCAACUUAUCUACUGGUGAAGGUCAUUGGUUUCUUCGUAUUGACUGGAAAGACAAUGAAGUGGAUCAUAUUCUUUUGCGCUUCCGUAAUGAGGAGCAAGUUAAGCUUUGGGAAUCUACACUUAAAAGAAGAAUGUCUCCCAUCAAAUCAAAUGUAUCCAAUACUCAACUGGCUUCUAUGAAAUACACUAUGCAGCAUGUACCCGCUUCCUUUCGUACGGACGAUGAAGAUGUAGAUACGGAAGAUGAACCACAAGAAGAGGAAGAAGAGCUAGAAUUGCCCCAAUCUCGUUCCAGAUCCAAUUCUAUAUCAGCCCAUUUAUUCAACACUAUCUCUGGAAGACCCAAGAUGCCUCGUAACAUGAGUGCUGAUACGAAACAACGAUACACAACCACUCCUCUUCCUCGUACAAGCGCCAGUGCUGGUACACAUACACCAAAUGAUUAUCAUUACCCUGCAUCACCUCCACCUUCCAACCCAUCCUCACCUACGACUUCUUCUCGUGUGUCGCAAUCCGCAAACAGUUCUAUUCGCUUAGGUAUGCGAGACUCAUCUCCUUUGGCUGAUAUUGCUACCAAGUUCAUGAAUAGUCAGGAUUAUGCAGAUGAAUACAAGCAUUGCCCACCUUCUAUUAUCAAUCGUAGUCAAUCUCAUUCUGCUGCCACACCAGCCUACCCACCCACUCCUGGUGCUAGUAUACCACCCAUGUAUCUUCAACAAUCUCAACAGCUUCCUCGACUCCGAUCGCAAAGUAGCCCCAAUAUCCAUCAUAAUCACCCUCUCAAGCAACAUGAGGACAUGCCUCAGUUGCCGUUUAACUCACGUACGCUCUAUCAAAUGCCUCCUUCUCCGCUUGAUUCGCCUGUUCGUACUACUCAACUGCAGCCUCCUUCAUCGCCUAAUCAAAGUGGGGCACUCAAGAUUAAACUCAAUUACAACGAUGGUAUUUAUGUAGUGAUGUGCUUUUUAGAAACAACAUUUGAUGAACUUAUGGAAAAGGUUGAACGUAAGAUUCGAUUGAUUGCAAACUUGCAACCUCAUGGUGGUGUAUUACGACUCAAAUAUCAAGACGAAGAUGGUGACUUGAUUACCAUCAAUUCAGAUGAAGAUGUUCAAAUGGCCUUUGAAAGCAAAGGAAAUGCCAACACAAUCAACUUGUUUGUAAGUGCUUAA